GAAUUAUAUAGAUAUGAUAAGAAAUCAGAAUUGAGAAACAAUUUUCAUUUGUGCAUUAGUACUAGGAAGGAACAUAAACCUCUUUGUAACCAAACAUCAAAACAUUUUAUCCCUCUCUCGCUCUGUAUAUUGUUUUGUCGUGAUGACGCGUUUUAAUGGCGGCUAAACCUUCAAUUCUUCUUCUUCUUCUUCUUCUUCUUCUUCUGCCAUAGUUUUCCUUUUUAUCUUUUAAACAGACAAAAAAAAAAAAAGAGUUUAUAUAUAACAUUCCUUUUCCUUUCUUUGCCUUCCAUAUUUUUACUUUGCUUUGCUCCUAUCCUUUCCAAAUGUUUUUCUUCUUCUUUCUCCUUUCUUUCGUCCUCUCUUUCUUAUUCUUAUUCUUUUCUUUUCACUAUAAAAAACUCCAUAAACACCAACAACUACAAGAAGAAGGCAACCCCCAGAAUGAUUCUGCCCUUUUGAACUGCUGUUUUCCCGAUAUUGUUGAUACGAGGGCACAAACCCGGGGAAACGACUCUACUCAUUUGCCCCAUACUCUUCUUUUACAGAUUAUGCCUUCCGAUUCUGCAAAAUGGGCUGGUUUGUUUACCGGGGAGAACCAACAAAAAGGGGAUGCCAGUCGGGUCGGGUCGGAUCGAGAUAGGGAGCGGUGUGAAUCAGGUGGUGAGGAUCAGAGGACGAAGAAGAAGAAGAGAAGAGGGAAGAAGAAGAGAUUGGAUUCCAAAAGUGAAGAAGAAAAUGGUGACGGAAGGUGUAGUUGUUCAGAGCAGGAGAAUAAGAAAAAGGAAGAAUCGGGUCGGGGGGAUCCGGGUUGUCGGAUCAAACCGGAGCUGGUUUGCUUGUAUCCAUUUACAUCAACAGGUAGUGCUACGCAGAGGAAGAUUAAGCAACAUUAUGACCAGCUUGUUAAGUGUCAUCAAAACAAAGGAUUAACAUUAGCUCAGGUGGGAGAAUUUGCUAAUUGCUUGAUGGAGGCUAGGAAUGAGUUGCAGCACAAGUCUGAGGUGGUCAAACGUAGGUUCACAAUAACAAAGGCUCUACUAUUCAAAGCAGAUCGAUCAUCAUUUGAUCGCCUGAGACAGCAAAUAUACAAGCUAGAAAUGGAACAGAAGAGAUUAGAAGAGGAUGCAUUUGUCUAUAACUGGCUCCAACAGCAACUUAAACUAUCUCCGGCUUAUAAGAGGAUGCUGGAAGUUUGUACUUGCAUGGAGUCAAAGGGCAAGUCCAGUGAGCCAAUGGAAGACCCGGAUCCUGAAUUUGCUGACAUUUCUUUUGAGGAGUUACUAGCUCAGGAAAAGAAGGAUUCGUUUUGGCAGAAAAAUGGGAAAUCCAAAUUAAGCUCAAACUGAUGGCUUCAUUUGUUUAGCUAACUUGACUUUAAACCACACCACUUUUUGUAGUAUGUACCUUGAAAUACCUAACGCUAUUAUUUUUCCCUAAGUUUUUGUAGCAAAUCAUUGUCAUGACUUUUGUUUUUAACAGGCUCUCUUAUGGAAGCUAUUAAAUGACAAAGCUCUCAUCAUUCUCCAUCAUGUUUAGCAGCCAACACUAUCUUUCGAGAUCGAGACAUUGGCUUAUUCUAUAGCUUAAAACUUUAUAUAGCAUCAAUGUUGCGGGGGCUUUAGUUAAUAUGGUUGGAGGAGUUGAGGUGUGAGUAAAGCUAAUUAUAUAAAUAUAGCUUAAACAUCUGCAUCAGCUAUGAAUAGAGGGGUUGGUGUUAUUGUAGAUUAUACAGAACUUGAAAAUGUAUCCUACUCUUUAAUAUCAAGUUUACUGUUUUAACGUAGUUGAUAAA